AUGCAGCUUACUAAAUUUCUUUUCACGCUGCUUGCAGCUGGCGUCAUGGGUCAAAGAUGCUCUGAGACUCUGACAUACUGCACCGGCUCCGCCUGCCUCUGCUUCGCCGAUGGCGUUGCUGAAGAGCUCAACAAGAUCUGCAAAGCCAAGGGCUUCGAGCGUUCUCUUGGUCCCUCCAAGACCACUGUCGGCAACGCGGAGCGCUGCGACCACCAGUGCUGCACUGGCUAG